AUGGACUCCACUGCAGGGCACUCUGCUAGCAGUGACGUUGCGGAUAUCGAUGUGAAACGCUCCCGAAAACGUCGCGGAGGUGCUCGCAAGUCAUCCAAACAACCGGUAACGAGCACUUCAGGCAGAUACCACUGUAACAACUGCGCUCGGGAUAUCUCAGACACCGUCCGCAUUCGAUGUGCGGUCUGCGUCGAGUACGACCUCUGUAUUGACUGUUUCUCCAUCGGAGCAGAAACUGAUGAUCAUCGUUCCAAUCACGAUUACCGAGUUUUGGAGGUCGUAGAUGUGGACGUUUUCGAAGAGAGCUGGACGGGUGCUGAGGAGGAACGUCUCCUCGAAGCGCUCGAAUACUACGGCAUCGGCAACUGGUCCGAUGUUUCGACCAUGAUCGGAGGCGGCAAGAAUGCACGCUACGCAGAACUGCAUUAUACGCGUGUUUACCUGGAGGCCACACCAACAGGAAUCGCGGAUAUCUUUCGUCCAACAUUGCUGCCGCGACCUGCUACCCAAGAAAUUCAAGAGCUACCCGAGCCAGACCCGAAAAGUCUCAAAGUGAUGCACGAGUACACCAUUGAUGAAAUGUCGGGAUACAUGCCGAAGCGUGGUGACUUUAUCUACGAAUGGGAUAACGAAAGGGAGGAAAUCGUGGCAGACAUGGAAAUCGAACGCACGGAAAACGCUCGUGACGUUGAACUCAAGACCCGCGUCAUGGAGAUCUACAAUCACUGCCUCGAUGAGCGGGUCGAGCGCAAACGCUUCGCCCUGGGUUCUGGUUUCUGUGACCUGAAGGCUAAGAGUCGUGUAGAGAAAGCCAUGAGUCCAGAUCUGCGUGACCUCUGGGAGCACUCGAAACCAUUUUUUCGGCAUUCGCUCAACCCUCAAAUUCACGAAGAUCUUCUGUUAGGGAUGCUUCGUGAACGCCAUUUGCGAGAGCGCAUCGAAGCGCUCUAUCAAGCUCGAGUGCAGUUGCAGGCGACGCAGCUGGCAGCGGCAGCAGCGUUUGUGGACGUUUCAAAACUUACCCCAGGGGUCGGUCGUCGACUGUUGCCUUCAGAAGAACUGCUGCAGCGAGUACAUGGUGCGCUCACGGGACCGGAUGCCGAGCAAAUUCGUGAACGCGUGCUGAAAGUGAACGGCAUUGAUCUGUAUGCGUACUGGAAUGGGCAAGUGAGCAGUCUCCGACGCCAGUCUGGACCAGAGCUCUUUUGUACGGAUGGCAUCGAACUCUUGACAAGGAGUGAGACCGAGCUCUGUGCUGGUCUGCGACUUUCGCCGCACCAGUACCUGGUGUGCAAAGAGAUCCUCUUGCGCGAGAACGCUCGCACAGGCGCUGUCCGUCGAAAAGAUGUACGCCUGUUGCUCGGUAUUGACGACAAGAAAGCGUAUCGUAUCUAUGAUCAUCUGUUUGCGCAAAAGCUCAUCGGAGAGGGCGCCUUUCAUCAAUACGAUAGACAAGAGUCGAAUCCGCCGGAUCCCACUGGUGCAGUACCCCACUGA